CUUCGGUUUCGGUUCGGUACAUUCGGUUCGGUUUAAAAGUCCAGCCCUACUUGAAAGAUAGGGGAAACUCGUAAAAGCUUGGUUGUUCGUGGUUUUCGAUUAAGAUAUAUAUAGCUAAUUGGGAAUGUUACCAAAAUUCUAUGCUUACUCAUGCUAUGUCUUGUUUGUUGUGAUCAUAUAGCUGACAGAAUACUAAAGGAUCCAACUAUGGAAGCCCUGCUAUCGAAGGAUGCAUCAUCGAAAAACUUAUCGAGUAAUGAACUGAUUACAGAGUUGGAUCCACCAAAAGAAAGGGUGUUCUUAAGGAAAGUACAUACAUCUUGUCAUCUUGAUACCAAAAUAGUCAAAGGUAGGAAAUGAUCAUACCAAAACAUGUAAUAUGAUUAAGUAAAUACCGUAUAAUAAUUAAGAAUUUUCAACAUGAAAUUUUAUAUCAAAACAUUUAAUAUUAUAAAUAGGGGUCAACAUGAGGAUUUAAUUUUAUACCAAAACAUUUAAUAUUGUUAAGUAAAUUACCUUAUAAUUAAGAAUUUUCAAAUGCCAAAAUUGACUCCCCUCCUUAUAAAUUGGCUCCGCCUUUGUUAUUAUACCAACGGCUGAACAUAGAAACGAUGCAGACUAAGCAAAUGGCUUCUCUUUGGUUGUUGAUCAUAUUCUCUCUUUCAUUACUUUGCUUCCAUGGAAGGUCUCAAAAUACUAAGCCUCAAGAACCCGAAUACGAAUGCGUUGAUAUCUACAAACAACCUUCGCUACUACACCCUCAACUCAAAAAUCAUCAAAUCCAAAUGAGACCGAGCGACGAAUUCUUAGCCAUGCUAUCAGGAGAUACAUCAGCAGAAAACUUAUCAGACGAUGAAAUGGUUGCUGAGUUUGAUAUACCAGAAGAAGGAUGUCCACAAGGACAAGUACCAAUCCAUAAACCAAGAAAUCUCAACCACACCGAGAAACCUUUUCAGCCUAUUAAUGGAUAUGGAACUGUUGGUCAACAUGCUGCGAUAAUGAAGAAAAUCGAUGCUAUCCCGUGGCGUGGAGCAUCAGCAUGGAUUAGUAUUUACCAACCUAAAUUGAGAAAUAAAGAGCAAUUCAGCAUGGCUUUGAUUUGGCUCAAUACUGAGAAUCAAGGCGAACGCACCAGUGCUCAGUUUGGUUGGGCUGUGAUUCCUGCAUUAUAUGGCGAUUACCGUACAAGACUUACUGCAUAUUGGAGUCCGGAUAAACUCGAAAACGGAUGUUACAAUACGAAAUGUAAGGGUUUCGUUCAAAUUGACCGGAGAAUCUUUCUUGGUGCCGGUUUUUCGAAGACCUCUGUGGUGGGAGGCACACAAUUUAAAGCUUUCUUUUCAAUCAAUCAGGAUCCAAAAACAAAGAAUUUGUUGUUGACAGUCGGGAAGAUUUACAUAGGGUAUUGGCCAGAGGAACUUCUACCUUAUUUCUUUAAUGGAGCGGAGGCAGUUAUAUAUGGUGGAUUCACGAAUGCUCCAUCCGAAAACAUUCAACUCUUUAAUAUAGUUAGCCCACCGAUGGGUAACGGGAAUAAACCGCUGGAUGAGGAAGUAGAUCUAAAACAUACUUGUUAUAUGCACUCACUUAAAUAUGUGACACCAGAUUAUAAGAGUGUCGAUAUUGAUUCCGACAAGGUCACCGAAGUUGCGGAUGCAGGUAAAUGUUACGACGUGAUUUAUUUUGAUAAACUUGGGCAAUAUGGACAAGCGUUUACCUUCGGUGGACCAGGUGGUUACUGUGAUGUGUGAGCUUCAUUUAUGUGAUAUUUUGUUAUUUCUCUUUUAUUCAAUAAAAAAAUCUUUAAAUUCCUGAUUUCCUAGUCGAUUUUGAUAGCUUUAUAUUCUUUUACAAUGUUUUUGUAUAACCAAAACUCAUGGACAUCAAAGCAAGAGAUAAGAUGUAAUCGCCAUAAAUACACAUUGGAAGUAUAUUUGCAUAAAACAUGUAAUGGCAAACUUGCAACUAUACAUAGGAUAAGAUGGAUGAACAACAAUCACGUCAUUUACUACUAACCUUACCAAGUUCAACUUUCAUCUCUCAUGUCGUCUAGACAACCGUCUAAUGGACG